AUGAAAGUAAUUAUCGCAUUAGUAUUAAUGUUUGCUGCUGUUUAUUCAGCACCAACAUUUGAUUCAUCAUUGGAAGAACUAUGGAAUUUAUUCAAACAAGUUCAUGCCAAAGAUUAUUCAGUUGCAGAUGAACAAUAUCGACGUGGAAUUUGGGAAGCAAAUGUUGCCAAAAUUAAAGUGCACAACUUGGAAGCCGAUCUCGGUCUUCAUACAUACACACUGGGAAUGAACAAAUAUGGUGAUAUGACAAAUCAAGAAUUUGUUAAACAAAUGAAUGGUUUAAAAUCCUCUCGUCGUCCAGUUGAUACUGAAAUUGAUCAUCACACAUUUGUUGCACCAUCAAACAUCGAAAUUCCAGCAGCUGUUGACUGGCGUAAACAAGGUUACGUCACACCUAUUAAAGAUCAAGGACAAUGUGGAUCAUGUUGGGCAUUUAGUGCAACCGGUUCAUUAGAAGGUCAACAUUUCAAAAAAUAUACCGACCUCGUUUCCCUUUCUGAACAAAAUUUAGUUGAUUGCAGUGGUAAAUUUGGCAAUAUGGGAUGUGAUGGAGGUUUAAUGGAUCAAGCUUUUUCAUACAUCAAAGCUAACAAAGGAAUUGACACAGAAAAAUCGUACCCAUACGAAGCACAAGAUGGCAAAUGCCGUUUCAAACCAGCUAACGUUGGUGCCAAUGAUACAGGAUUCACGGAUAUCAAAAGUGGAAGUGAAAUAGAUUUAGAAACAGCCAUUGCAACCGUUGGACCUAUCUCAGUAGCUAUCGAUGCCAGCGCAGAUUCAUUUCAACUUUACAAGUCAGGUGUCUACAAUGAACCCGAGUGCAGUUCAACAGAAUUAGAUCAUGGUGUUUUAGCUGUGGGUUAUGAUACAACAGCGAAAAAACAAGAUUAUUACAUUGUCAAAAAUUCAUGGGGUGAAUCAUGGGGUAAUCAAGGUUAUAUCUGGAUGAGUCGUAAUAAGAAAAAUCAAUGUGGAAUUGCCACAAUGAGCUCAUAUCCACUUGUUUAA